UGCGUGUGCUGUACGCUCAUCUCUUCUCCUUCCAAAUCUCUCCCAUAGUAGCACACGCCUCACACCCUCUUUUCUCUCUUUCAAUUCCAUCAACAGAAGCUAUAAAACGCCACUCGACCUUCAAAUCCCUAGACCUACUCAAUCUAUCGAUUCUUCAGACGGCGAGAUGUCCGAUCGCUUGACACGUAUCGCGAUUGUCAGCUCCGACCGCUGCAAGCCCAAGAAGUGCCGCCAAGAGUGCAAGAAGAGCUGCCCUGUUGUUAAAACUGGGAAACUUUGCAUUGAGGUUUCCCCUGCCUCAAAGAUUGCUUUCAUCUCUGAGGAGUUAUGCAUUGGUUGUGGUAUCUGUGUCAAGAAAUGCCCAUUUGAAGCAAUUCAAAUCAUCAACUUGCCAAGAGAUUUGGAUAAAGAUACAACCCAUCGAUAUGGCCCCAAUACUUUCAAGUUACACAGGUUACCAGUUCCAAGGCCUGGGCAAGUUCUUGGUCUGGUUGGAACCAAUGGUAUUGGAAAAUCAACUGCUCUUAAAGUUCUGGCUGGGAAGCUAAAGCCAAAUUUGGGCCGUUUCAAUAACCCUCCAGAUUGGCAGGAAAUAUUGACCUAUUUUCGAGGAUCUGAGUUGCAGAAUUAUUUUACCCGCAUCUUGGAAGAUAAUCUGAAGGCCAUCAUCAAGCCACAGUAUGUUGAUCAUAUUCCAAAGGCAGUUCAAGGCAAUGUCGGACAGGUGCUUGACCAAAAAGAUGAGAGAGAUAUGAAGGCUGAACUCUGUGCCGAUCUUGAACUGAACCAGGUCAUAGACCGUAAUGUUGGGGAUUUAUCUGGUGGAGAGCUCCAGAGAUUUGCUAUUGCUGUUGUUGCCAUACAGAAUGCUGAAAUAUAUAUGUUUGAUGAGCCUUCGAGUUAUCUGGAUGUGAAACAGAGAUUGAAAGCAGCACAAGUCAUCCGAUCUUUGCUCAGGCCCAACAGCUUUGUGAUUGUGGUCGAGCAUGAUCUGAGUGUCCUGGAUUAUUUAUCAGAUUUCAUUUGCUGCUUGUACGGGAAACCGGGGGCAUAUGGAGUUGUAACCCUUCCCUUCUCUGUAAGAGAGGGAAUAAAUAUCUUUUUGGCUGGAUUUGUCCCUACUGAAAACCUAAGGUUUCGAGAUGACUCCUUGACCUUUAAGGUUGCAGAGACCCCACAAGAAAGUGCUGAAGAAAUUGAAACCUAUGCACGAUAUAAAUACCCAACCAUGACUAAAACUCAGGGCAAUUUUAGACUUAAAGUUAUGGAGGGUGAAUUUACUGAUUCUCAGAUUAUUGUAAUGUUGGGAGAGAAUGGUACUGGGAAGACCACUUUUAUUCGUAUGCUGGCUGGUUUGUUGAAACCUGAUAAUGUAGAAGGUUCAGAUGUGGAGAUCCCUGAGUUUAAUGUUUCAUACAAACCUCAAAAGAUCAGUCCCAAAUUUCAAUCUACAGUCAGGCACUUGCUGCAUCAAAAGAUACGCGAUUCAUACAUGCAUCCUCAAUUUGUUUCAGAUGUGAUGAAGCCACUUCUCAUUGAGCAAUUGAUGGAUCAGGAAGUAGUGAAUCUCUCUGGAGGGGAGUUGCAAAGAGUUGCAUUAUGUCUAUGCCUUGGAAAGCCAGCAGAUAUUUAUCUGAUAGAUGAACCGAGUGCUUAUCUCGACUCUGAGCAGCGUAUUGUUGCUUCUAAAGUUAUAAAGAGGUUUAUCCUCCAUGCAAAGAAAACCGCAUUUGUGGUUGAACACGAUUUUAUAAUGGCGACAUAUCUUGCAGACCGAGUUAUUGUGUAUGAAGGGACACCAUCGGUGGAUUGUAUUGCAAAUUCUUCUCAGUCCUUGUUGACUGGCAUGAAUCUCUUCUUAUCGCAUCUGGACAUCACUUUCAGGCGGGACCCGACCAAUUACCGACCUAGGAUCAACAAAUUGGACUCAACUAAGGAUCGAGAGCAGAAGUCUGCUGGGUCCUAUUAUUAUCUAGAUGAUUGAGACAUUUAAUGACAGGUCUGAAAUCAAUGCUCUCUGUUAUAUAUUUAUGUGGCGGGUGCUGAACUUUGUCCAUUGCAGUUGCUAAUUAUGAGAUGAAAAAGAAGACAUGUUCAUGGUGGGUAUCUGAUAUGCCGUUGAUAAGAAAAAAAGAGGUGUUGAUGGCUGCGGCGGCAGUGGUGUGCCGUUUAUUUUAGAAAAUUAUCGUAUGAUUAUCCUACUGUGUUGUUUUCCUUCAUGUUUUACUAACCAUUUUGGUUGAUAUUUGGUGAGUUAGAAGAAUACUCCUGCUCUUUUUUGGAC